CUUCACUUAAGGUCUCUUCCUGAGUCCUGCGGGUCUUCACAAACAUGGUUUCCCUGGGGCCUGUGUUUGGGCUAGUGCUGCUCAUAAUCGCGCGGGUCAGCAGAAGUGCAGGUAUUGAUUUUCGCUUUGCUUCAUACAUUGAUAAUUACAUGGUGCUGCAGAAGGAGCCUUCAGGGGCGGUGAUCUGGGGCUUUGGUAUACCUGGGGCUACAGUGACAGUGACCUUGUGCCAAGGUCAGGAAACCAUCAUGAAGAAGGUGACCAGUGUGAAAGCACCUUCCAACACUAUGGUGGUACUGGAUCCUAUGAAGCCCGGGGGACCUUUUGAAGUGAUGGCACAACAGACUUUGGGAAUGAGGAAUUUCACCCUGGGAGUUCACGAUGUCUUGUUUGGAGAUGUCUGGCUUUGCAGUGGGCAGAGUAACAUGCAGAUGACGGUUUCACAGAUCUUUAACACCUCCCAGGAGUUGUCUGACACUGCCGCCUACCAGUCUGUGCGCAUCUUCUCUGUCUCCCUCACCCAGGCGGAGGAGGAGCUGGCUGACCUUAACGAGGUUGACCUGUCAUGGUCCAAGCCCACUGCAGGAAACCUGGGCCAUGGAAAUUUCACUUACAUGUCUGCAGUGUGCUGGCUCUUUGGGCGUUACCUGUAUGAUACUCUGCAAUAUCCCAUUGGGCUGGUCUCCUCCAGUUGGGGUGGGACACCCAUUGAAGCCUGGUCAUCUAGAAGGACACUGGAAGCCUGUGGAGUCCCUAAUACAAGGACUGAAAGAGUUCAUCAGCCCAAGAUAAAGCCCAUGAGGAAUGAAUGUAAGAGUGAGGAGUCCUCGUGUCCUUUUAGGAGGGUUGCUCCAUCUGUUCGUAUGGCUGGACCUGUAACACACUCCGUCCUCUGGAACGCCAUGAUCCAUCCACUGCAAAACAUGACUUUGAAAGGGGUGGUGUGGUACCAGGGAGAGUCCAAUGCAGAUUAUAACAGGGACCUGUACGCCUGCAUGUUUCCUGCACUCAUUGCAGACUGGCGCCAGACCUUCCACUACGGCUCCCAGGGUCAGACAGAGCAUUUAUUUCCUUUUGGGUUUGUCCAGCUGUCUUCAUACGUGUUAAAUAACUCAUCAGAUUAUGGAUUUCCAGAGAUCCGUUGGCAUCAAACAGCAGACUUUGGCUUUGUCCCCAACCUGAAGAUGCCCAACACUUUCAUGGCUGUCGCUAUGGAUCUCUGUGAUAGAGACUCACCCUUUGGGAGCAUCCACCCUCGAGACAAGCAGACUGUGGCCCAUCGCCUGCACUUGGGUGCUCGAGCUGUGGCAUAUGGUGAGAAAAAUUUGACCUUUCAAGGACCACUACCUAAGAAGAUAGAACUCUUGGCCUCCAGUGGCCUGCUCAGCCUCACGUAUGACCAGGAAAUCCAGGUGCAAAGGCAAGAUAAGAAGACAUUUGAGAUCUCCUGUUGCAGUGGCAAUCAGUGCAAAUGGCUUCCAGCUCCUAUGGACACUUUUUCCACCCAGACCCUGAUUUUGGGUCUCAAUGCUUGUCUUGGCACCGUGGCUGCUGUUCGCUAUGCCUGGACCACGUGGCCCUGUGAAUAUAAGCAAUGUGCUGUUUACCACGCCAGCGGUAUCCUGCCAGCUCCUCCCUUCGUUGCCCGCAUUACACACAGGGCUGUCUAAGGGCAUGUGGAUAGUGCUCGCUCUUCUGUACCAGGGCAAUGGGAUAGACGCCUUGGACGCCUCGCUCAAUAGCUCCCAGCUAGCAUAUGGCUGCUCCUAUAUUCUCACACAAGCACUGGCUGGCAGACACUUGACAUGCUCACCUCUGUCCCCUGGUUAGCCUGAGCCUCUGUGCCUGUCUAAUUCUGAACUGUAUCACUGGGCCUUACUAGCCGUCACUUCCUUGGUGUUAGAGGGAAUGAAAUGCCCUAGUCUUGCCCUUCUUCCAGAACUGUGGACUCCCAGACAAGAGCCUUUAAAGGCUGUGGAGACUGGUGCUUUGCAUGUUCUUUACAACCCCCUGAAAACAGCUAUGGGAGUUUCCACGUGUCUCCAGUGAAACAUUUCUCUCAUCAAACCUUAUGACACCGUGAUGUCUUUCAGGCCCCCUUAGACAGACCAUGCAUUUGUAUCCUCAUUUGGCCCUCUAAAACUGUUUCCAGCCUAACUGACUCUAAAGGGAAUCUUUGCAUAUUGGCAAGUGUUAAGGAGCAGCCUUAGGGAAUAAAGAGGGCCCUCGCAGGUUCUCAGGCACAGGACACAAGGAAGUAGAUGCACUUGGGGCAAAUACAUCCUUAAAUGUAGGUCUUAGGUCCCUGAGGUAAAAGUUCAACUAAGGCUAAUCCCCACUGAAGGAAGCAGUUAGGCUGAAAGGAAAGCUACAGGAUAUGCUUAUAGAGCAGCAGUGCAGGCGAGCCAAAGGUCAGGAGGCAGUUUACCCUUUGGUUAAGGACAGCUGCCAGCUGUGAAGAGGGCACCUAUUAGAAACCGGAAUAAGUCCAGCGUGGUGGCACACACUAAUCCAGCACUCAGGAGGCAGAAGUGAGCUGGCCUACAGAAUGAGUUCUGUAGAGCCAGUUACCUAGAGAAACACUGUCUUGAUUCCCCUCCACCCCCUGACAAAAAAAGAAUUUGGGAAUAAAAGUGCAAUAAUUAGUGAUGUGUCCAUAUAUCCAGUCAAAUCGUUAGGACAGAGUUACGCCUGCCCUUGAGCAUGGGAAAGGAGUGUAGCUGUCGCCUGUGCACAGCUCUUUUGUUCUCUGACGUGAGAAAGUGGGAACUGAAGCAAUGAGGAUUUCCCACCAUUCUCUGGGGCUCUGGGGCCAUUAGGAACAGCAAGAGAGAUGUGUCAGGAGAUUAUUUGGUUAAAAACAAAGACAAUGACCAAAACCCAAAGCCUCUGACCUCCGAGACGUCUGGCCUGCAUUUAACGUCUGACGCCCUCUGCACCUGGCCCCAUGAGAACACAAAUGUAGUCACCUUCAGUUCCUGAGAGAGGCAGAUCCGCCUGCCCGUCCUGCCAAGACCUGGUCAGUCAUGAUGAGCAUGAGUAUUGAGCAAAGAACCCCAAGGCCCUUUCCCACCCAGUGACUGGUACACACGGUACAUACUCUGUCAUGUAGGACAUGUGUUAAUGAAGUCAUGUAUGAGUCAAACUUUUAGUGGUUGAAUAGUUUAAAACAUCACGUGGGGAUUGUGUAUUUCUCUAAAUGGAGAGAAUUUGAACUGAAGGAGAAACACUGCCCUGCUGAAUGUUUUACUGGCUUGUUCUGUUUCCUACAGCAUAUGUAAAUGAUAUACAUCCUAGAAAAUAAAUAAAUAAAGCAA